UUACUACACAACAAAGAAUCAUGCUUUUUAGAAUCCUCUUUGGAAUUGCAUUGGCAGUGUCAGCUGCUUUUAUUUCAAAAAUGAUCUUGUUCAUGGACUAUCACAAAACCCUGUGGAAUCAUAGACCAGGGAAAUGUCAUAUUGUGGAAGGGAUAGAGUAUGGUUCUGAGGAUAUGCAGACCAUAAAGUCUGGAUUAACCUUCAUCACCUCUGGGAUAAAUGCAGUAGCUUUAGCAGGCCGAGGAUAUCAGGAAUAUUACAAGAAACACAAUGUGAGAGGGAGAAUUAUGUUGUUUAACAUGGAGAAACCAGAGGAUGGGGUUAAAGAAUUGAUGAUUAUUGGAAACAAGUUCAGUUAUGACGACUUCUAUCCUCAUGGAAUCAGUGUGUUAGAGGACAAAGAUAAAGUGUUGCUGUUUGUUGUGGUUCAUCGGAAUGAACAAGAUACAGUGGAGAAAUUUGAAUUUCUAGAGAAAACCUUAGAACUGAAGCAUCUAAAAACUUACGCAGGAACUUUAGCUCACACACUCAAUGAUGUGGUAGCAACAGGACCAGAUACAUUUUAUACAACAGAUUAUGCGUAUUAUCGUGAUUCUAGACAUACCUUAGAAGUCGUUUUGGGGCUUCACUUUGGACAUAUUUUGUUCCACAAUGGCAACGAUUUUAUCAUUGCUUCAGAACCAACAUAUACGGCAAAUGGAAUUGCUCUCUCCAAGAAUGGAAAAUUCGUGUAUGUCGCUAGUGGUAGUAAAAAAAUGAUGGUAUAUAAAAGAGAGUCGAAUCACAAACUUACUAAAGUCAAUGAAAUUUCACUCCAUACCGCCCCAGACAACUUAGUGGUGGAUCCAAAAACUGGAGAUGUCUUGCUGGGCUGCCACCCAAUACUAUAUAAAACUACUAAGCAUCUAAAUAACCCAGAUGAACCAGCAGCUUCGCAGGUGCUGAUGUUACACAUGGAUAACAGUGGUACUAAUAUGACAAGUGUAACGGAACUGUUCUCAGAUGACCUUGAACUAUAUGCUUCGAGUGUAGCUACAUUGUACAAGAAUCGUAUGUUAAUUGGUACAGUGUGUCACAAAAUGAUGUACUGUGAAGUUAAUUCAUUAUAAAGAAUAUAUUAAAGUCAAACUCUCCUUAUGCGUAAUUUAGGAAAUACAUCUAGCUAUAGAUACCUGUAUUCCUAUUUGUCAGUGAUAGUUAUUUUACACAGAGUUAUAGAAUGUUAAGUAAUAACUGUUUUCUUUAUUUAAUAUUAAAAUCUUUAUGUAAAGGUGUAAGAAUACCUACCAGAAAGUGAAAAAUAGAAAGGAAAUCAUUA